CUGUGUGUGUGUGUGUGUCUGUGUGUGUGUGUCUGUGUGUGUGUCUGUGUGUGUGUGGCAGGGCUGGCGUGCCUGUGGGCCCGGCUGGACAGGAAGCCCAACCGAGGAGCCGCCCGGCGCUUCGCUGCCCACCGAGCGGCCAAGAAGGAGGCGGCGUUCCGCUGGUGUGUGGAGCGAGACCUGCGGGCGGUGCCGGACUCGUGGGUGCCGGCGCCGGGCGCCACCGACUCGCAGGGGAGAGCAACACCCGACGGGAACGGGCACCUCCUGGGGUGGGUGCCGGUGGACGUGGCGAGCUCCCAGCACCGCUGGCACAACGCGGCGCUCUGCCAGCGGUGCCAACGCGCCCUCGUGCUGCACGGAGCGCCGCCUCGCCGGCAACAGCAGCAGCAGCAGUCGUCCAAUCAGGAGCAGCAGCAGCAGCCGGCCAAUCAGGAGCUGCAGUCGGCCAAUGAGGAGCAGCAGCAGCAGCCGGCCAAUCAGGAGCUGCAGUCGGCCAAUGAGGAGCAGCAGCAGCAGUCGGCCAAUCAGCAGCAGCAGUCGUCCAAUCAGGAGCAGCAGCAGCAGUCGGCCAAUCAGCAGCAGCAGUCGUCCAAUCAGGAGCAGCAGCAGCAGUCGGCCAAUCAGCAGCAGCAGACGUCCAAUCAGGAGCAGCAGCAGCAGUCGGCCAAUCAGGAGCUGCAGUCGUCCAAUCAGGAGCAGCAGCAGCAGUCGGCCAAUCAGCAGCAGCAGUCGGCCAAUGAGGAGCAGCAGCAGCAGCAGUCGGCCAAUGAGGAGCUGCUGGUCCUCGCGGCGCUGCCCCUCUCCGAGCUCGCCGGCCAAUCGCUGGAGCUCAUCGGCACGCACGUCAACGGCAACCCCUACGGUCUGGGCAGCUCCCGGCACCCCCUGCACCUGCUGGUGCCGCACGGCGGCCUGCCGCUGAGGCGGCCACCCGCCGUGACGCUGGCGGACGUCGCACGCUGGCUCGGCGGGGCCACGGACAUAGCGGCCCCAAAUGGAAAGGCCCCCGACGGAGAGGCCCCAGAUGUAGAGGCCCCAAAUAGAAAGGCCCCAAAUGGAAAGGCCCCCGACGGAGAGGCCCCAGAUGUAGAGGCCCCAAAUGGAAAGGCCCCAGAUGUAGAGGCCCCAAAUGGAGAGGCCCCAGAUGUAGAGGCCCCAAAUGGAAAGGCCCCAGAUGUAGAGGCCCCAAAUGGAAAGGCCCCAAAUGUAGAGGCCCCAGACGGAGCGGCCCCCGACGGAGCGGUGGAGGGCGUCGUGUGGAUCACUCCAGACGGCCGACUCUUCAAGGUCCACCGGCACCACCUGGGCCUGCGCUGGCCGCUGGAGUCGCCGCUCCUCUGCGCUCGCCCGGUGCUCGUCCAUGUCCAGGCGUGCCGCCCCGAGACCACCGGCGCAGCCAUUACUGCUGCAUGA